AUGCGAUCUUAAAGUCUUUUAAUUAACUAACUAGAAUUGAAACACUGUGUGUGCGCAAAACACAGGAACAAUCGACUCCGUAUUCCUCGGACUCAUCGUACUUGUGUUCUGUUUGCAGUGUUAGCCUUGUCGCCUGAGAAAAUAAACGAACAGAGAAAAGCCGGCCACAACCCACAAUUUCUGAAAUCUCGUUCCUUUCACCGUUUUAGCAACUACCCACGAUUUCUGGCACAUUUUGGUGCAUAAAGUUGUCUUCUUCCUCUCGAUGUCUCUGGCUCUGUCUUGUGUUAUGGAUUGUAGAAGGUGAAGAUGCAUUUGAUUUGAUUGGACCCCACAAAGAUUGUCACUUCCGCUCCCUGAGAUCCGGUACAUCAUGGCGACAAAAGGGAACUCAGGAGACAACAGAAGUCGAAGCUCCAUGUCUGUUUUCAUUGUUGCUGGUCUGUGUUGUUUCUUUUACAUAUUGGGUGCAUGGCAGCGAAGUGGAUUUGGAAAAGGAGAUAGCAUAGCUUUAGAGAUUACCAAACAGACAGACUGUAGUAUUCUUUCCAAUCUGAAUUAUGAGACCCAUCAUGUUGGGAUUGAUGAUUCUGAAGGAGUUGUCAAUGAGUUCAAACCAUGCAGCGAUCACUAUAUUGAUUACACUCCCUGUCAAGAUCAAAUGCGAGCAAUGACUUUCCCCCGAGAAAAUAUGAAUUACAGGGAACGACACUGUCCGCCUGACGAAGAGAAGCUGCAUUGCCUUAUUCCAGCACCCAAAGGAUAUGUGACCCCGUUUCGAUGGCCCCAAAGCCGCGACUACGUACCGUAUGCCAAUGCUCCUUAUAAGAGCCUGACAGUUGAGAAGGCUGUUCAGAAUUGGAUUCAAUAUGAGGGCAAUGUGUUUAGGUUCCCAGGUGGUGGAACACAGUUUCCUCGUGGAGCAGAUGCGUAUAUCAAUGAACUUGCAGCUGUGAUCCCAAUGGACAGUGGGAUGGUUAGAACUGCAUUGGAUACUGGAUGUGGGGUUGCCAGCUGGGGUGCCUACCUGUUUAAAAAGAAUGUUAUAGCAAUGUCAUUCGCACCAAGAGACUCUCACGAAGCACAAGUUCAAUUUGCUCUGGAAAGAGGUGUUCCAGCAGUUAUUGGCGUUCUUGGAACUAUAAAGCUGCCUUAUCCAUCUAGGGCCUUUGACAUGGCUCACUGUUCUCGUUGCCUGAUUCCAUGGGGUGCAAAUGAUGGAAUGUACAUGAUGGAAGUUGAUCGAGUUCUUAGACCUGGUGGUUACUGGGUGCUUUCUGGUCCUCCUAUUAACUGGAGGAAUAAUUAUGUAGCAUGGCAGCGUCCUAAAGAAGAACUUGAGGAAGAACAGAGGAAGAUUGAAGAGAUGGCGAAACUUCUUAACUGGGAAAAGAAGCAUGAGAAGGGUGAAAUUGCCAUCUGGAGGAAACAAACAAGUUUUGACUAUCAUCGUGACCGAGAUCCUCAACCUACUAUGUGUGAAUCCACGAACGCAGAUGAUGUUUGGUACAAGAAGAUGGAGUUGUGCAUAACUCCUUAUCCCGGGACUUCUGAUCCCAAUGAGGAUGCUGGUGGGGCAUGGAAGCCAUUUCCAGAGAGGCUCAAUGCUUUACCUUUCAGAAUAUCUAGUGGAUCCAUCCCUGGAGUUUCUCCUGAGACAUACCAGGAGGACAAUAGGUCAUGGAAGAAACAUGUGAAUGCUUAUAAGAGGACCAACAAAUUACUGGAUACAGGAAGGUAUCGCAACAUUAUGGAUAUGAAUGCCGGUCUGGGAUGUUUUGCUGCUGCUCUUGACUCUCCCAAAUUGUGGGUUAUGAAUGUUAUGCCUACUAUAGCUGAGAAAGACACUUUGGGAGUUAUAUUCGAACGUGGACUGAUAGGCAUUUAUCAUGAUUGGUGUGAAGCCUUCUCCACAUAUCCAAGGACAUAUGACCUUAUUCAUGCAAAUGGUGUUUUCAGCUUGUACAAGGAUAAGUGUGAUGCUGAAGACAUUCUUUUGGAGAUGGAUCGGAUUCUACGGCCUGAAGGAGCAGUGAUUUUCCGUGAUCACAUGGAUGUGCUAGUCAAGGUGAGCAAAAUUGUGAGAGGAAUGAGAUGGAAUACGAAAAUGGUGGAUCAUGAAGAUGGCCCUCUUGUUCCCGAAAAGGUACUGUUUGCUGUUAAACGGUACUGGGUUGCAGGUGAAGACAAUUCUACAUCCUCAGAGUGAUUAAGAAACAAAAGGGACAAUUCCACAUAUUCUGGCCCUCCAGCUCCAAGCAAGGUGUGAGCCAAAGAACGUGUCUUCUACAGCAUUUUUGUUGAUUGCCUUGUUCUUCCCCUCUCUUCGUUUAAUUAAUUGUCUUUUUAAUUAUUUUCUUGGCCCUUAAAAUCACAGUUCUACAGCAUUUUCUUCUAAGUCAAUGUUAGUUUUUGUUCUCUUUUUUAAUAUUUACUUGUAGAUUGACCCAUGCAACACUCGUGGAUUAAAAUUAAUUAUUUAAUUUGA